AUGGCCGAACCGUUCCGCCCGCACGAUCGCGAGAGCUCGUGGGAGUUCGUCGGCGUCGUCGUCGCAGCCUUCGCUCUCGUCGUCGUCGCGCUCGGCCGCGCGACGCUCCUCCGCUGGUGCGCCGACUGCGCGCGCGCGAGGGCGGCGAGGCGCGAGCGAAGCGCCGAGGAGGAGGCCCUUCGCCUCACUCGCACCCUGCUCCCGACGCACGACGACGGGUCCCACGGAUCGUCAUCGACGAACGCGACCGUCAUCGAACUCGCCGUGGACGGGGUCCCUCCUCCGACGUCCGCGCCUCCCGGGACGGACGCGAGCAGCGCCGCGGCGGUCCCUCACCGCGAGACGACCAACGGCGCGUGA